UUCCGUCCUCUUCCUAAUUUUCAUUAAUGUUUAGAUUCUCAAAUAACAACAUAUAGUUUUUUAUGAUAAAUUUUUCUUUAGGAAAACCGAAUAAGUACCCCUAGCUUCAAACAGAGACAGAAUCGUACGAAUAAAAUUCUUAUUCUUAUCUCGGCCAUAUUCUGUAUAAGCUGGCUACCUUUCUGUUUCUUCUCAUUGCUAUCUGAAACAACAACGCUCUUCAAGGAUUCAGAGAUGUUGAUGACUUGGUACUUCAUCACACACAUGAUUGGUAUGUCCAGCCUGUUCACCAACCCUCUCCUUUACGCAUUCAACAACGAGGUGUUCUCCAACAAGAUCAAGAGUAUCUUCUACAAAAACUCUGUUGGUUUAGCUUCAUCUCAGGGCCAGGAAAAGGAAACUCUUGUUCCAGAGAGCAUGAAGAAUUAUAGAUCCAUUCUGCCAAUCAGGAGGGGAGAAGAGGGGCUAAAUGGUAAGCUAGAAAUAACUCAACCGAACCAUACCAACAUGUACCAGGCAUCUGCAUGUACCAGGACAGACCAGGUACAUGUACCAUGCAGUACUAGUAUGAACCAGGCAUAUGCAUGUACCAGGACAGACGAGGUACAUGUACAACCCAAUACUAGUAUGAACCAGGCAUCUGCAUGUACCAGGACAGACGAGGUACAUGUACAACGCAGUACUAGUAUGAACCAGGCAUCUGCAUGUACCAAGACAGACGAUGUACAUGUACCACGCAGUACUAGUAUGUACAAGGCAAAUAAAUUCAAGCAACAAAACUAACAGAAACCUGGUAACGGCUCUAGUAGGUAUUAGCCGUGUACACUGUUCACUGUACAGGCAUCAGUAACUUGCAGUACUUGCAUUGUGGAUCAGGAACCUGCACAAUGCCGUACUAGCAGUACAGUCCAGGAACCUGCACCAUGCCGUACUAGCAGUACAGUCCAGGAACCUGCACCAUGCCGACUAGCAGUACAGUCCAGGAACUUGCACCAUGCCGUACUAGCUGUACAGUCCAGGAACCUGUACCUUACCAUGCCGUACUAGCUGUACCGUCCAGGAACCUGCAAUAUUUAGUACCAGCAGUCCAAACCAGACACCUGGUCCCUGAUUAAGCACAGGAUUAAAAACGAUGUAAUUCCAAAACCAGAAAUCUGAUAUAUGAAUCAUCAGUCCAGGGUCAUGUCGACCAGAAACAGUUGUAUUAUGUAGAACCAGCACAGAAAAGAAACCUGUAUUAUGCAGUUCCAGCACAGACCAGAAACCUGUGUUAUGUAGAACCAGCACAGACCAGAAACCUGUAUUAUGUAGUUCCAGCACAGACCAGAAACCUGUAUUAUGUAGAACCAGCACAGACCAGAAAGCUGUAAUAUGUAGAACCAGCACAGACCAGAAACCUGUAUUAUGUAGAACCAGCACAGACCAGAAACCUCUAUUAUGUAGAACUAGCACAGACCAGAAACCUCUAUUAUGUAGAACCAGCAUAGACCAGAAACCUGUAUUAUGUAGUUCCAGCACAGACCAGAAACCUCAAUUAUGUAGAACCAGCAUAGACCAGAAACCUCU